AUGUGUGAGAACCAUCUUAUUAACACCAUAUUUACCGAUUUCCAGAAAAGCCUUGAUGGAGAACAGGAAAUACGAGAGGUUAUACGCAACAUUUGUAAGGAAAUCGGCCAAAUAUCGCGAGAAGUGACAACAGUUCUUCAAGUUAUCCAUCACAAUGAAGCCGGCAUUGGACCGGCAUGCCUUAAGGCAAGGGAAUCAUUUGAGAAGGCCCGUGAGGGAUAUGGAAAAUUAAAGGAAGCUAUUCCAGACACAGAUUAUUACAAAUAUCAGGAACAUUGGAGGAAUAUCACUCAACGGUACUGUUUCCUGAUUGCGCUCACCAUUUGGCUGGAGAAGGGCAUUCUGGCUACACAUGAGACUGUUGCUGAGAUACUAGGCAUAAGCGCCGAGGAAGAGAAGACUGGUUUCCACUUGGACAUAGAGGAUUAUUUGUGUGGACUGCUGCAGAUGUGUUCAGAACUGGCGCGGCUGGCUGUCAACUCUGUCACACGGGGUGACUAUGACAAGCCCCUGCAAAUUUCUAAAUUCGUCAUGGAAUUGAAUGCUGGUUUCAGAUUACUAAAUUUGAAGAACGACCACCUGCGCAAGCGCUUCGAUGUCCUCAAGUAUGACGUGAAGAAGAUAGAAGAAGUUGUGUACGACCUCAGCAUACGGGGACUUCGGCCGAAGACUGACGAACAGUAG